AUGACAUCUUUUGAUCCUGGCAUUUUCCAAGCUGCACUUUUGCGUGUAGCUGAAGCAACGGAAGCGGCAGUGGCAGCUGCAAAGAGUGCUGCAGUUCCACCUCCACCGGUGCAUGAGGAACAGCCCAAGACACCUCCCUUUCAGGAGGAGCGCAAGUCUUUCUUUGAGGAAAGAACCUCAAACUCUUCGGCAGCGGCAUCAGUACCAGUGACUUCAGUGUUUGAUGAUGUGGACGUGGUGCCUUCGACGCCACGUGGAUUCCCAACAACAAGAGCUCAUGCCUCAGGUGAGGGGGACUUUGCAGUCGGGUCUGAAGAGUUUGAACAACAAUCAACAAAACAUGGAGGAGCACGAGAACUUGCAGCCUUGGCAAAGACCGUGUCCAGGGUAAUGCUUAUGAUGGGCCUUGGGCCAGCAGGUCCUACAGGUGCAACAGCAACCUUUCUUGGUGACGAUUCGCUUCAAGAGAACCAAUGUGAGUGGAAGGAGCCCAAUGCAAUGGAAGCUGCAGGUGCUCAGCACGGCUUCAACAUGGAAUUUUUCCUUUUGGUUUUUGCUGCGCUGGUGUGGUCAUUUUUCAUUUGGCGUUUGUACAAGUGGCUAUGGAAGGUGGAUGAAAACCACAACCAACUUUGUCUUCAAGUUGCGGAGUUGGAUCAGUACGCUGGUGAGAUUCGAAACGACUGCAACCAGUUACAACGAACAGCAGCAGAACUCAGGGAGAAUUUUGUGGAAUUGGAACAACAACAAAUGAUGGUGAAUGACACUACAGACGGUGUACACUUUGCGCUGGUUCAGAUGGGAGGAUUCGUGAACUUGACAGAAAUGACGGCAGCACAACGCCGCCAUAUGUACCAGCAAGAAGCUGGAAAUUUGGUUGCAUCGAGAGUGAUGGGACAACAGCGUUUUCUUCAGGUGGUCCGACAUCAAAACCAGGGUUCAGCUGCAGGACAAGAUACAGAUGAGACAAUGCAGGAGCAUGGAGAAGAGGAGGAGCAAGAGCAUGAUCCACUUGCUCCAGUCUCCCCGGUUACAGCCAGUGACCAGGAGGGACCCAUCACCACCGUGGUGGUGGCUUUGCGGGAUGAGAUCAAUCAUGCACUGGCGAGAUCUCAUUUUCGAGACGCAGCUGAGAUUCAACACCUGGUGCUACUUUUGCUGGACAACCUGAAUGUUGGAAACAUGAGCAGGACAACAGAACGAAACAAUGUGAUGAAUGAGGCAUCAGAUUAUGACCCCGGAGCUUGCAAAUCGACUCAGACAAAGAGCCAUGGAAAUCAGAAAUAUGGUGUGGUGAACUGA